AAUCUGGAUUAAUUUACUAGCGGUGUCAGAGUUGGGCUGACUUAAAAUUUCAAGGCAACACAUUUUAGUUCGUCAAUUCAACCGAACGUGUUCUAUUGUUAAAAUUGGUUUAGCAGCACAGAUGGCCAAUGCGAAAAUGGAGCUCAAUAGUCAUGUUGGCUUCGCUGCAGAGCGUAUACAAGAGGCCCUCCUCGCAACAUAGAGGCCUUGGUUGAAUUUCACACUCGCAAAAUGUAAACUUGACCACAUUCACCACUUUUCUACAUCAGUCCAAACUCUCCAAGAGUGCUUUGUUUCGUAGUAACGGAUCUGUAUCGAAGCGUAUUGCUUUUGUCAUGGCUCCAUCUAGUGGUUUGGGGGAGCAAGACACUUGAAACGUUAAUAAAUUUAAUGUUGCCUUCUUGUGUUGUAGUGGAGUGACCGUGAGUUAUUUGUAACAAUUUUGACACAUUCAGUUCAGUUUUCACAAUUCUAAAGCGUGUGAGUUAUUUUGGCGAAUCCCCAAAUUCAGUGAGCGUUUCAACAUAAGUCGACUAACUGCCUCAUGAGCAACUAUUAUCAGGCUAACGGCUGCUCGCGGUUGUCCAUGUUGCGGCAGCUAAACUAGGUUAUGGAGUGGUUCCAUUGUAACAAGUGUUUCUUAAGAACAGGAUCCAAGUUUGCAGUGUCCAGCUGUGGACACAUCUGCUGUGAGGCCUGCAUUAAACCUGAACAAUGUGUCAUAUGCGGAACCAGCUGCAGUUACCUGCCCAUUACAGAUAAGAUGAAAAUACAGGAAAGGGUGUUUUUCAUGGAUCCCAUGAAGCUCUUCCAGUCACGUCUAGAGCACAUUACACAGAUUGCAGAUUUUCAGCGGACACAAAUGCAGCGAGCCACGGCAUACUUCAAGCACAAGUCAGUUGAACUGGAAAAGCGUCUGAAAGAAGUCACUCAGCAGAGUUACAGGCAAAUCGCUGAAUUGAAAAGAGAGAAUGCCGAUUUAAAAAGCCGAAAUAUGGAGCUGAAACAAGAGAUGGCCGAGCUGAAAAAGCCUCUUUCACAGAGGAGGGGUUCUCCGGGACAAUUCCAGACAAAUGGUGUUCAAAGGAUCUCGCUCCCUGUGGCUGUCGCUUCUCCUGUGACCCCUCAUUUAAGAACUAUGAGGUAUGUCUGCCACAGCCAUUUUGUUUAA